AUGCCCGUUGCCGUCUACUUUCUCAAGCAAGACCAAUCCUCUUUGCUGUCGCGUUCGCGGAAGGGGAAUAUGAUCGCAGUUGACCCCGAGUAUCCUGACCCAACAGAUCCCACGUGGAAGGCGUUUCGCCUGGCUUUCAAUGAGAUUGCGGUGCUUCACGGUGGCGUCCCACAUAUCAAUAAGACGCGGGACGGAGCCAUCAGCAACCUGACCAAGACCCAUGAUCCAGAGAGUAUCCGGCGCUUCCUUCAGAUACGCAAGCAGCUGGACCCUAAGGACUUGUUCCUCAAUGACUACUUCAGGACCUUGUUCGGCAUAUAG